AUGUCCACUGUUUUCCCAACUUGGCCUCACAUCCUCUUUGCCGUCAUAGAGCCGAUCACCCUUAUCGGGGGUUGGGCUCUCCCCUUCUGGGACCUCAAAGCGUUCAUAACAGAUCAAAUUCCUGGUCUCGCAGGCCCUGAAUCCAUCCACCCAACCAGCGCAGCCCUCGCCUUCCAGCUAGCAAACCUCUAUGGUCUCCUCAGUAUCCUAGGCAUCGGAAUCUGCUACUCGACCACCGAGCCCAGGGUGCUGCGUAACUACCUCUAUGCUCUGGCCGUCGCGGAUGUGGGCCACAUCUACGUGACGUACUGCUGCAUGGGUCAUGACAGAUUUGUCGACGUUAUGAAUUGGAAUGUUUUGACCUGGGGGAAUGUGGCGAUCACGGGUUUUCUGAUGAUCAAUCGAAUUGCUUAUUUGGCGGGCUUGUUUGGAGAGGCGAGGGCGCCGGCGAAUAAAAUCCAGAAGGGGGCUUGA